GCCUGCGCGGGGCUGCUGCGGGGCCAGUCGGGAGAGAGGAGACAAGAUGGCGCUGCGGGCGAUGCGGGGGAUGGUGAACGGGGCCGCACCCGAGCUGCCCAUGCCCACCAGUGGGUCCGUGGCGGGAGCUCGGGAGCAGGCACUGGCAGUCAGCAGGAACUACCUCUCCCAGCCUCGGCUCACAUAUAAAACAGUAUCCGGAGUCAACGGCCCAUUAGUGAUCUUGGAUCAUGUGAAGUUUCCCAGAUACUCGGAGAUUGUCCACUUGACAUUACCAGAUGGCACAAAGCGAAGCGGGCAAGUUCUAGAAGUUAGUGGCUCCAAAGCAGUGGUUCAGGUAUUUGAAGGGACUUCAGGUAUAGAUGCCAAGAAAACAUCGUGUGAGUUUACUGGAGAUAUCCUUCGAACACCAGUGUCCGAGGAUAUGCUUGGUCGUGUAUUCAAUGGAUCAGGAAAACCCAUUGACAGGGGUCCUGCUGUGCUGGCGGAAGACUUCCUUGACAUCAUGGGUCAGCCAAUCAAUCCUCAGUGUCGAAUCUACCCAGAGGAAAUGAUUCAGACGGGCAUUUCUGCCAUAGAUGGCAUGAACAGUAUCGCUCGGGGACAGAAAAUUCCAAUCUUCUCCGCUGCAGGGUUACCACACAAUGAGAUUGCAGCUCAAAUCUGUCGCCAGGCUGGUUUGGUAAAGAAAUCCAAAGAUGUGGUGGAUUACAGCGAGGAGAACUUUGCGAUUGUAUUUGCUGCUAUGGGUGUAAACAUGGAAACUGCCCGGUUCUUCAAAUCUGACUUUGAAGAAAAUGGCUCAAUGGACAAUGUCUGCCUCUUUUUGAACUUGGCUAAUGACCCAACUAUUGAGCGGAUUAUCACCCCGCGCCUGGCUCUGACCACAGCCGAGUUCCUGGCGUACCAGUGCGAGAAGCAUGUGCUGGUGAUCCUGACGGACAUGAGUUCCUACGCCGAAGCUCUUCGAGAGGUUUCAGCAGCCAGAGAAGAGGUCCCUGGUCGACGCGGUUUCCCGGGCUACAUGUAUACGGAUUUGGCCACGAUAUAUGAACGUGCGGGCAGAGUGGAAGGUCGCAACGGCUCCAUUACUCAGAUCCCCAUUCUCACCAUGCCCAACGAUGACAUCACUCACCCCAUCCCUGACCUGACUGGGUACAUCACAGAGGGCCAGAUCUACGUGGACAGACAGCUGCACAACAGACAGAUUUAUCCACCUAUUAAUGUACUGCCCUCCCUGUCACGGUUAAUGAAGUCUGCGAUCGGAGAAGGCAUGACGAGAAAGGACCACGCGGACGUAUCCAACCAGCUGUAUGCGUGCUAUGCUAUCGGCAAGGAUGUGCAGGCCAUGAAAGCUGUGGUGGGAGAAGAAGCCCUUACCUCUGACGACCUUCUGUACUUGGAGUUUCUGCAGAAGUUUGAGAGGAACUUCAUCAGUCAGGGUCCUUACGAAAAUCGCAGUGUCUAUGAGACUUUGGACAUUGGGUGGCAGCUGCUCCGAAUCUUCCCCAAAGAAAUGCUGAAGAGAAUCCCUCAGAGCACCCUGAGUGAAUUUUACCCUCGAGACUCCGCGAAGCAUUAGUUGCUGCUGCUUCUGUGGUGCGACCCUCCCGCGAAACAUUGGUUGUCUUGAUUCCUUUGCACUCCUCCGUCCCCGCCUCUGUGGGAGCUCACUGUGUUACCCUGUAAUUAAAAGCAGAGAGUAGGUAACAUUGUGCCAGUGUUGCAGUGUCUAAACUAACAGACUUUAAAGCAUCCUCACUCUGAGAAGCUGAUCUUCAGUGCUUUGUUUAAAGUAGCUGCGGGGAUGGAGGCGAAGUUUCUUAUGGAUGUAUGUAUUUGUACAUAAUGGUGUGGUCAGUUGCCUAAUAAUGUCUUAAUUGUUUGGGUCUCUCAGGCCUUACCUCUCAGCCCCCUCUGAAGCUGAAAUGCUGUAGGAAAUUAAAGGCAGGUCUGGAAGAAGCACCUUUCACCAGGGCCCGGAGGCGCUGUCUUGAGCCUUGUCUGGGUUGUUGGUGUGCGCGUGGGUCUGCUGCGCUCCAAGCAGAUGGCUUUCACUGUCCACGUGCUUUUUCCAGUGUAGUAAAUAGCAGAGGGAGUUUCCUUUCCUCUCUCUGCCUGAAAAGGGUUCGGGGGUCCCUGUGUCCAGCCAUUCUCCCUAGGAGAUGCACAGACGGUGCAGCUCUGCGCAGCUGCCGUCCACCCUGCGGUGGUGGGACUCACCAAGCCUCAGGGUGUCCCUGCAGAGGCGCCGUGGCGUCUCCAGUAGAACCAUUGCUUGGGAAGAGUUGGAAUGUGACGAGAAAAGAGUGUGGCCCACGUCCUUCGUGCACGCUGACGUUCACAGCGCUUUCAGUGGCCCAGGCGUUCACCAGAUGCUGAGGACGGAGAGGAGGGCAGAGCGCUCAGCUUUGUGGGUAUUUCAGCUCUGUGAGGAGCCUGUGGAAAGUCCCCGGUCAUUCCCGCCUGCCGACCCAGCUCUGCCUUUUCAGGGUGAUCUUGUGGCACAAGUGGUAGCAUUUCACUCCUUCCCGGCGUAGCCGAGCUAUCUCCCGCGCAGUUCCACCGAGUCUGCCGUUCGGCCUCCUCGUGUUCCGUGUUACUCAGGUGCAGUGGCAGCCUCCCUGCUCCGUGCAUCCCAUCUCUCCAGUUGUGUAAAGUUCUUCACUUUUUUCUCCGAGGGCUUAGGGGUGGGGGGCAUCAGCAUGAUUAUAUUUUAAUGUAGAAAAUGUGACAUCUGGAUAUAAAAUGAAAAUAAAUGUUAAAUUAAAAAGUUA